CCACAAAGCAGCCCUCUUGGCAGCCCACUGUAGCCCACCCAUUUCCACCACUCUGUGCCAAUCAAUCAGAAACCCGGCUAUUCGUUCCGUCGUCGGUCCAGCCAGAACUCCUCCCACCUUGUCCAAUACGGGACAGCGCCCACUUCAGCCAAUCCCGACUCCAUACCUACACCACAUACCGUUGGCAAAGCCAUCCAUCUUGUUCGACAGCUUCCAUGUUCUACACUACUACUUACUUCCCGUCCUUAUUAUUGGCAUGUUGCAGAUGGCCACCUCCCCACUGCCAAAGAUUGGGAAGAACACGGCCAGGGCAGCAUCACGGCGAGACACCACCGCAGUGCAGAUCUCACAGAUUACAUACACUACACUACACUACAGAGAGAAAGAGGGAAAGAGAGAGCCCUGCCCUGCCUACGGUAGCAGGCCGGCCUACCUUGUAGGGUGUGCUCUGCGACGACGCCAGGUAUCGCGACACACGCGACGGGAGCGAUUCGAACACGAAAAGAAUGGAAGAAUAGAAUGCCUUAGCACCCCUCUGCCAAGGACAGCGAGAUCCAGCAAACAAGGCUCAGUCUCGUACCAUGAAACUGAACCCAUCGGCUGCCAGGUACUCCCCUUCUCCUGCCCGGGCUCCAGCAACCAGGCUUGUUGUUGUUGUUGGCUGCUGUCUCUUGUUGCCGUCAUUGUUCUCGACCUUGUUACGACAUCGUGUGGUAUGCUGGCUGACUCUUUUUGCGCCGGACCAGACAAUGGCGCAAACAGCAACAAACUGAACCUCGCUAUACACUCACUACCUACUAUGUACACUACAUGGUCACUCGUCCCUCUUGACCCCACGUGCUAUGUGUUACCGCGCCGAAAUACACUAUAACCUCAACAUACACAACCAUGUGCCGACGCAGCCACCAGGCACAGAAAUGUUAGGGGAACACUGAGAAGCCAGGCCAGAGCCGCAGCCUACUAUUUGCUUUAAUCCACUAGAUGAUG